AUGCCCCGCAAGGGAAGUCGCAAGGUCAGGACGGGAUGCGUUACCUGCAAACUGCGCAAGGUCAAGUGCGACGAGGCCAGGCCAACUUGCUACCGCUGCACCGCGACGGGCCGCGUCUGCGAUGGCUACAGAAGCCAGGCUGCCGGCUCGGCGGAGUCGGCUUCCCAGGUUUCCGGUUCCCUCCACCAGCCAAACGAUGUCUUCCCCGGCAUAGACACCCGUAGGGAGGGUCGGGCUCUACAGUACUUCUGCGAGGCAGCCGGGCCCGCCAUGUCCGGCUACGUGGACCCUUACUUCUGGACACACCUUGUCAUGCAGUUCAGUGCGUACGAACCUGCCGUCAAGCACGCCCUCGUUGCGAUAAGCAGCCUCUUCGAGCAAGCGCAAGGUCCACUCGAUGCCGCUUCAACGCUGCAAAAUGGCGACCAAAGACGGGUCUUGCACCACUACAACGCCGCCAUCCGGGAGCUGAGGGCCAAGGACUCGGAGGACAAGCAACUCGUCGUGCUUAUCGUCUGCAUUCUUUUCAUCUGCAUAGAGGCUCUGCGCUCGGACAUUCAGUCGGCCGUCAGGCACAGCCGACACGGCCUCGAAAUACUCAAGGCUGCCGGGCCGGGGCACGCGUGGAUGAAGGAGUAUUUACUGCCCAUCUUCCGACGGGUGAGCAUCUCUGCCUUUUACUUCAGCGACAACGACGCCACCUUCUUGGACAUGCCCGAGCUGCUUGAGCCCUCUCCGCGCUCGUUCUCAACAGUGGACGAUGCCCAGCGCAUGUUCGAUGUCAUCAUGGCUCGGGUUUCGCAUUUGGGCCUCGUGAUUGCCGAGACGGCGUCGCAACCCGAUCGUCGUCAACGCGGGAGCAGCAGAGACUCUCCCGAUGCUAAAGAACAUCGUGCCGAACAGGCCACCAUCAAAUGUCUGUUAGACGAUUGGCUUAGGCUUUUUGCCGAGCUCAUCACGAGGAUCCGGCGUGACGAAGCGGCGAGUGGGAAACGCUUCACCGCCGAGCAAGACUAUCGAAAGAAGAAGCAGCAAGUAUACUUGUUAGCCCUCUAUGAGGCCGGUUGGAUCUGGGCGGACAUGGCCCUGGAUGGGAACACACCCAGCUCCAAGGACAGGUUUCUGCCCAAUUGCCGGAGGGUCCUCAAGCAACUACGAUGGCUUGAGUCUCACAUGCCAGAGACUUCCAAAGACAACGGCCAAGGUCCCAAAGCCCCGCAGUUCACGUUCGAAAUGGGGUUCACGGCUGUUCUGUUUUAUUUCAUGUCCGCAUGCUCCUGUCUGGAAGUGCGACUCGAGUUGAUGAGAUACAUGCGACUAUUUGGAUUGCCAAGAGAGAACCUCUGGGAAAGGGACGCUCUACUUGCAGUGGCGAAGGAAAUCAUCGAAACUGAGAAUGGCAUCAAGCUAGAAGACGUGGGGUCGCCAGGAGAUGACUCUCCGCCAUCACCAGCGUCUGCGUCACUCGACGGAGAAUCCGCUUCAUUCGUCUAUAACAAGACGCUGCAGUCGCACCCUUUAUACUCUAUGCCCUGGAGUGUACAAUCAGUGCCAAAGGACAUGAUAGAACUGAUGGAGUCAUGA